ACCCCCCAUUUUCCAGCUGUCCUCCUCAGUCGGUCGGGAUUUCGGAACCACGGGAGAAUCACCGGAAAGCGGUUUUAGUGAUAAACCGUCACAUUUUUUAGGAGAAGAAAUUACACCGCAUGGCUGUGUGAACCCACGGAGACCUGUUUUUAUCACCGCUAAACGAUGGAGGCCGAACUAUGAGAUGUGGUGCAGCUGAAGAAGACUAAGAACCAUGGCACAGUUCCCCACCACAUUCACAGGUGACCAGGCCAGAAACUUUUUCCUUCAAUCAGGGCUGCCCCCGCCCAUCCUGGCCCAAAUCUGGGCUCUGGCUGAUAUGAACAGUGAUGGCCGUAUGGACAUCCAUGAGUUCUCCAUCGCCAUGAAGCUCAUCAAACUCAAACUCCAGGGUCACCCUCUGCCCCCGACGCUUCCCCCCAGCAUGAAACAACCUCCACUAACUUUACCCCCACCCACUGGCUUUGGCUUGCCCCCUAUGGCCCCCAUCCCAGCCCCUCUGCCAGGCGUGCCUCCUCUCCCCCUGCCUCCUCUUCCUGUUGGGGUGUCUCCCCCUCUGGUUUCAUCUGUACCACCUCCCCUCCCACCGCCCAUCGCCAACGGAGCUCCUUCCACAGCCAUGCUGCCCCCCAUCUCAGGCUUCCCUCACCACGCUCCUCCUGUGAACAAAACCGCUUCGUUUAAUCGUUCCAGCACCAAGCUGCAGAAAGGCUCCUCGUUCGAUGCUGCCGGGCCUCAGCCCCCCUCUGAUUGGGCAGUCCCUCAGUCGUCCAGGCUGAAGUACAGACAACUUUUUAACUCCCAUGACAAGAUGAUGAGUGGAUACCUCACUGGACCCCAGGCUCGCACUAUCCUGAUGCAGUCCAGUCUUCCACAGACUCAGCUGGCCACGAUAUGGAGUUUAUCAGACAUCGACCAGGAUGGAAAACUAACAGCUGAAGAGUUUAUCUUGGCUAUGCACCUCAUAGAUAUGGCUAUGUCAGGUUUACCGCUGCCUCCAGUGUUACCACCAGAUUACCUCCCACCAACGUUCAGGCGAGUACGAAGCGACAGCGUUCAGUCGGACCAGAAGAGUGUCCAGGAGGAGAUCGAGGAGGAGACUGAGAGCAACCAGGACAAGAAAUUACCAGUGACGUUUGAGGAUAAGAAGAGGGAAAACUUUGAGCGAGGAAACCUGGAGUUGGAGAAGAGACGUCAGGCUCUUCAGGAGCAGCAGAGGAAAGAGCAGGAGAGGCUGGCUGCACUGGAGCGAGAAGAACAGGAGAGAAAGGAGCGUGAGCGUCUGGAACAGGAAAGAAGGCGACAGCAGGAACUGGAGAAACAGCUGGAGAAGCAGAGAGAGCUGGAGAGGCACAGAGAAGAGGAGAGGCGUAAGGAGAUCGAGAGGAGAGAGGCUGCUAAGAGGGAGUUAGAGCGGCAGCGGCAGCUGGAGUGGGAGAGGCAGCGCCGCCAGGAGCUUCUGACUCAAAGAAACAGAGAGCAGGAAAGUAUCGUCCUGCUCAAAGCCAGAAAGAAGACCCUGGAGUUUGAACUGGAAGCUCUGAACGACAAGAAGAACCAGCUGGAGGGCAAACUGAAGGACGUUCGCUUUCGUCUGUCGGCUCAGAGGAGAGAGAUGGAGCAGACCAAUCAGACCAGAGAGACACGCAUAGCUGAGAUCACACAGCUGCAGCAGCAGCUACAGGAGUCCCAACAGUGGCUGGGGAGGCUGAUUCCUGACAAACAGAGUCUGAAUGAGCAGUUAAAACAAGUUCAGCAAAGCAGUCUGCACCACGACAGCCUGUGUUCGCUGCAGAAGGCCGUUGAGCAGAAAGAGAGCAGCAGACAGCAGCUUCGAGAGCAGCUCGAUGCUGUGGAACGAGAAACGAGAGCUAAACUGCUGGAGAUAGAUGCCUUCAACACACAGCUGAAGGAGCUGCGGGAGAUCCACAGCCGGCAGCAGAGACAGAAACAGAAGCAGCUGGAUGGAGACACACACACACUGUCUCACAUUCAAACGCUGAGAGACAGAAAGUCUGCUGAGCUUCAGGAGAGCGGACUGGCCUCAAAUGAACCAGGACCCUCCAUGACUAAAGCCCCCAGCCCCGCCUCUGUCUCUGCCUCACACGCCUGGCUGAACAGAGUGACACAGGAAGAGGAGGAGAGGAAGAGGAGAGGGAUGGAGGAGGAGGAGGAGGAGGGCAGAAAGGGAGCCAGGCCUGUAGAAGAGGAGGAGAAGAGCAGAGGGAAGAAGGACAUGCAGGACAAACUGAACAAGUUGUUCAGUCAGCCGGCUGACCCCUGGGCUUCAACAGUGGAGAAAGGUCCAGUUCCCAGUCUGUUUGAGCAGAAAGCAUCGACCAGUGGCUUCGAUCAGCAGCAGCAGCCAGUGAAGGUGGUCUACUACAGAGCUCUGUAUCCAUUUGAUGCUCGUAGUCACGAUGAAAUCAGUAUCCAGCCUGGAGACGUCAUCAUGGUGAAGGGGGAGUGGGUUGAUGAGUCUCAAACUGGUGAGCCCGGGUGGCUCGGCGGCGAGCUCCGAGGCAGGACCGGCUGGUUUCCAGCUAACUACGCAGAGAGGAUACCUGAGAGUGAAGCGCCAGUCAGCCUGCAUUCCACAUCAUCAGCCACGCCCCCUUCAGCCCAUCAACCCGUAGCCACGCCCCCUCCAGCUCCCGGACACAGCUCCAUUUCCACAUCAUCUGCCAACAGUAACUGGGCUGACUUCAGCACCACGUGGCCCUCCAACACAACCAGCCAAUCAGACAGUGAGGGCUGGGACGCAUGGCCAACCUCCUCAGCCAAUCAGAAUCCAUCUCUCAGCGUUCCGUCCGCUCAGCUACGACAGCGCUCUGCCUUCACGCCAGCUACCAUGACCACAGGCUCCUCCCCCUCUCCUGUGCUGGGACAGGGAGAGAAGGUGGAAGGUCUUCAGGCUCAGGCUUUAUAUCCCUGGAGAGCCAAGAAGGACAACCACCUGAACUUCAACAAAAAUGAGGUGAUAACGGUGCUGGAGCAGCAGGACAUGUGGUGGUUGGGUGAACUUCAGAACGGACAGAGAGGCUGGUUCCCCAAAAGUUACGUCAAACUCAUCUCAGCCAACGUGACGGGUCCUGCUGGUGCUGGAACCCGCACCAAAACCACCAGUGAAUCUGGGUUACCAGAAAGCCCCCCCAAUGGAAAACGACCAACAGCUUCUCCAACCAAACCCUCAGAGACUGGAGAAGACUACGUUGCCAUGUACACCUAUGAGAGCACUGAACAGGGGGACCUGAGCUUCCAGCAGGGGGACAUCGUCCUGGUGAGCAGGAAAGAGGGGGACUGGUGGACGGGCACGGUCGGGGGGAAGACCGGAGUCUUUCCAUCCAACUACGUUAAGCCAUGUGACUCGUCCUCAGAGUCACUGGGAGCAGCAGGGAAAACAGGAAGUCUGGGCAAGAAACCAGAGAUUGCUCAGGUGAUCGCUGCCUACACGGCGACAGGAGCAGAGCAGCUGACGUUAGCUCCGGGUCAGCUCAUCCUCAUCAGGAAGAAGAACCCUGGAGGCUGGUGGGAGGGAGAGCUCCAGGCUCGAGGGAAAAAGCGUCAGAUUGGUUGGUUUCCAGCUAAUUAUGUGAAGCUGCUGAGCCCAAGCACCAGCAAGACCACUCCCACAGAGCCCACCCCUCCUAAACUGACCCCUGCCAGCACAGGACUAUGCCAGGUGAUCGGCAUGUAUGACUACGUGGCUCAGAACGAUGACGAGCUGGCCUUCCAGAAGGGUCAGGUGAUCACGGUGCUCAACAAGGACGACUGUGAUUGGUGGAAAGGAGAGCUGAACGGGAGGGAGGGUCUGUUUCCCAGCAACUACGUCAAACUGACCACCGACACUGACCCGAGCACUCAGUGGUGCGCGGACCUCCACCUGCUGGACAUGCUGAGUCCGAUGGAGAGGAAGAGGCAGGGCUACAUCCACGAGCUGAUCGUCACCGAGGAGAACUACGUCAACGAUCUGCAGCUGGUCACCGAGAUCUUCCACAAGCCUCUGCUGGACUGUGAGCUGCUGACAGAGAAGGAGGUGGCCAUGAUCUUUGUGAACUGGAAGGAGCUCAUCAUGUGUAACAUCAAACUGCUCAAGGCCCUCAGGGUGAGGAAGAAGAUGUCGGGCGAUCGGAUGCCGGUGAAGAUGAUCGGUGACAUCCUGACCAACCAGCUGCCCCACAUGCAGCCGUACAUCAGGUUCUGCUCGUGUCAGCUGAACGGCGCCACGCUGAUUCAGCAGAAGACCGACGACAACCCUGAGAUCAAAGACUUCCUCAAAAGGCUGGCCAUGGAUCCCAGGUGUAAAGGAAUGCCUCUGUCCAGUUUUCUCCUCAAACCCAUGCAGAGAGUCACACGCUAUCCACUCAUCAUCAAAAAUAUCUUAGAAAACACUCCAGAGUCUCACCCUGAUCACAGCCACCUGAAGGCUGCUCUGGAGAAAGCUGAGGAGCUGUGUUCACAGGUGAACGAGGGCGUCAGGGAGAAGGAGAACUCUGACCGCCUGGAGUGGAUUCAGGCUCAUGUUCAGUGUGAGGGGCUCUCAGAGCAACUGGUGUUUAACUCGGUCACCAACUGUCUGGGUCCCAGGAAGUUCCUCCACAGCGGGAAGCUGUUCAAAGCGAAGAGCAGCAAAGAGUUGUACGGCUUCCUGUUCAACGACUUCCUGCUGCUCACACAGGUCACCAAACCUCUGGGAUCUUCAGGGUCAGACAAAGUCUUCUCCUCAAAAACCCACCUCCAGUAUCGCAUGUACAAAACGCCCAUCUUCCUGAAUGAAGUGUUGGUGAAGCUGCCGACGGACCCCUCAGGAGACGAGCCACUGUUCCACAUCUCUCACAUCGACAGGGUUUACACCCUGAGAGCUGAAAGCAUCAAUGAAAGGACCGCCUGGGUUCAUAAAAUUAAAGCAGCUUCAGAGCUCUUCAUCGAGACAGAGAAGAAGAAGAGGGAGAAGGCGUAUUUAGUACGUUCGCAGAGGGCCACAGGAAUUGGUCGACUGAUGGUCAACAUCGUGGAGGGGAUCGAGUUGAAACCCUGCCGCUCCCACGGAAAAAGUAACCCAUACUGUGAAGUGACCAUGGGUUCUCAGUGCCAUAUCACCAAAACCGUGCAGGACACGUUGAACCCCAAGUGGAACUCCAACUGUCAGUUUUUUAUCAAGGACCUUGAGCAGGACGUCCUCUGCAUCACUGUGUUUGAGCGAGACCAGUUCUCCCCCGACGACUUCCUCGGCAGGACUGAAAUCCGACUGGCUGAAAUAAAAAAGGACCAGGGCUCUAAAGGACCAAUCACAAAGAGGCUGCUGCUCCACGAGGUUCCCACGGGGGAGAUCGUGGUUAGACUGGACCUCCAGCUGUUCGAGGAACCGUGAAACCGGGACGAGACCAGACUGGACUGGACUAAAAAAGGAUCAGAGAUCUGAACUGGACCUGGCAGCUGGACACUGUUGUUGUGGGGGGGUUGUAUUUAUUUUCUGCUUUGGACACAUGUGGAACUGAGGAUGAGGAGGAGUCAUGAACAGAUGUUUGAUGUUAUGAAGACGUAUUUAUUGACCAGAACUUGAAGGUUUUCUGACAACAUUCCUACACAUUAAGUCCAUUUGUCUAAAUUCUGAUGUAAAAAAGAGAUUGGUCUACCAGUAGACUGGUUCAGGUCCAGUCCUGUCCAGUCCGGUCUGCUCGUCUUUUUCAGUGUGAUCCAAAGCUGAAAAUCAGACUGAUUUAUGCAGAUUUCUCUUCUUCUUCUUCUUCAUGCAGUCAGUCUUACAGACUCUCCAUGACAAUCCCACUUUCUCUGCGUCUAAACCCACCCGCCCACCCACCGUGUGUGUGAGGCUGCUGUGAAUGAUGUCAUCGUCUCAAGGUGGACAGGCUGGUUAACGUUCGGUCUUUUUGUCUUACACUCCCUCAGAACUGAAGAGAGUUGUGCUUCGUGCUGUUUUAUGUCCUCUGAACACUUUCCACAUUCUCAGAGGAGGAGGUAAAUAUGUACAGGUGUACGGACACAUGCUAACAGUGCUAAUAAGCUAAAACUGUAGAAAGGAUUUUAACUCGGUGGUGUGGGACGUGUGCAGAGUCAAAUCACGUGUUUGUCACAUAAACGCCAGGAAAACUGCUGAGUUCACCCAGGGUACAGAGAGGAAGGACCACCCAUCAGAUUAUCUAUCGUUUUAUUAAUGAUCGUAGACUUAGAGUGUUUCCGACACACAUCUGGGCCCGUAUUUAUCAAACUUCUUAGAAUUACUCUUAAGAACGCUGCUAAGAGUGGACUUAAGUGUAAAAUAAUUCUUAGUUAAAAGCUGGGGGGCGCAGCAUGCACUCACCAGCUGCAUAUAUUUAAUAUUUUAUCCAAAAGCCACACAUAAAAUAUCUGCCGUUUAGUCCAACAUUAUGCACAGUUUUAAUGUUUUUAAUUUAUUUUUUACCUUUUUUUCUUUU